AUGUCCAAGUGUCUUCUAAGACUCUCAGAAUUUCCCCUGCAUAUAGCUGCAACAAGCCUAUCACGAGUCCGGAAUGGCUCAAGCGAACUGGUUAUCAAUCAUCUACUCAUUCCAAGCACAGUGAGUCUGAUUCACCCGAACCUGCAGCGCUACGCGCACUACGCACCAUCGGAGCUCGCCCAUCGCGAGGUGCAGCUGCAGUCCCUAAAGGAAAACGAACGAGAGAAAUGCCCACUCUGCGAAGAAUUUGGCAACGAGCUUCACAGUCAGCUCCGCUGCGGGAGCUGCCAGCAGAGCUUCCACCAGAGCUGCAUCGGGCAGAUGCGGUGGGCAGCGGACGCGAUGAAGGUGACUCUGGCAUACGGAUGCCCCAACUGCGGCGUGCCGUGGGCGACGCGCUUUAAUCCGGGCCAGCUCCUCCAGCCGCACCCGCAGCCGCCUCGUCUCCAUUGGCGACAGGAUCCGAGCAGACCCCCCGGGUUACAUAAGUACAUACGAACGAGUGAGGGGGAUUAUAUCUGUCAGUUCCGGGGGCCGAAGGAAGACCAAGAGCCCUGUGGCUGGAUGACUACCAGCCAUUCCUCGUUCUAUUACCAUCAUCGCCGCAUGCACGAACCGGGCGCCUAUCCCUGCGAUCUCUGUUCUCAUGCGCCCUUUGUGACGUUGCAUCGGCUCAUCCACCAUCGCAAGCGGUAUCAUGGACAUUGAGCCCCACUCUCACCGCCAGGAUGACGCCUAUGAGUGUCC